AUGGGUGGGCUGGAGGCCACGGAGGUGCCAGGGCUUCAGGUGCAAUCCAGGAAGGAUGGCAGCUGGCGAGACGCCAACCUGUUGCUGACGCACAUUGUUGUCACACCCACAGGAGUGGUGCUCAGGGUGGGACUUGGUGAGCGUGCACUGGACUAUGAGCUCGUCGAGUUGGGGGAGAUGCGCAAGCGGCUGCAAUGCACACCCAGGACGGCUUCUGAGGCUGAUGUCGACCACCUCAAGGCGGGGCAGCGUGUGCUGGGAUGCUUGCAGCCGCAGGGCCCGGACAGAAAGUGGUACGAUUGCGAAGUCUUGAAGACCGCUGUCACAGAUGGGGGAGCAGCGGCGGAGGUGCUGGUACGAUGGGAUGGGACGGAGGGCAGGGGCGUGGUCAGCGGCUGGCUGAGCCUGGGCCAGCGGUCCCUGAAGAUACCCAUGCUGGAAGACGUGUCCCAGCACCCCAAGUUCAAGGAGUGGGUGGGCAUGCUGGAGCGGCACUCUGAGAAGUCACAGCAGCGGGUGUGCGAGGGGAGGCACCCGCAGGGCACCGGAUUGGAAAAUGAGCCCCCGGCCGCUGCCGUUGUCACCCAGCCUGGCACGAGGACGGACCCCAUCGUCGUCGACCUGACCGCCUCCCCCACGACCACCGCCUCCCACGCCUCGGACAGGGUGGAGCUGGUCGCCGACCCGCGCAUCGGCGAGGUGGCGGGCCCCAAGGCCAACGGUGCCCAGGGCCCCGCGCCCAGGUCCCCCGGGCCCCCCGGGGGGACCCAGGGGCCCCUGUGUGCCUUAAGGAACGGCCACCCGACGGCCUUGGCCGCGCGCCCAGUCCGCGAGGCGUCGCCGAUCGGCCAAGGGGGGGCCGAAUGCCAAUCGGCUGGGGGUCUUGGGGCGGUGGAUUUGGGCAAUGGGGCCGGUGGCGGGUUUGUUGUGGGGGCCGAGGGGAUUGCAAAUCCAGAGGGCGACGGCGGGCUGUCCUGUACGGAGAGGAUGCUGGACGAUAGCGACGGCGAGGAUCAGGCGGCGGCUCGCGGCGUGGCGGGCGGAUCAGCGCCGUUCGGCGCGGUCGGCGUGGCCCAUUCCCUGAGCGUCCCGGGGGCCCAGGCGGGAGGGCGGCAGGUGGGAAUUGGGACGCCGGCCAGGGGGUACCCGGACUUGGGCCCGGCGGCCCACGCGGGGAUGGCCUACGGGCCGCCGGGCCCGGCGCUGCAGGUGGCGGGGCUCAGGCCGCCGGGUCUGGCUUCCCUCCCACCGGUCGUGGGCGUGUCGGCGCCCCAAGUGGGUCCUGGGGCCCGGCCGGCUUACCUGUCGGUCCCGGGGGGCCGCUACCACGGCGGGCUGGACCCGCUGGUCGUGCCCUGGCGGCCGGACGCGGUCCCCCGAGCCCAGCCCGGCGGCCCGGUGUGGGGUUCCGCGCCGCGCCACUACCUGCCGAUCGGCGCCCAGGUGCCGAUCGGUGGCCACUGGCCGGGAACGGUGUCCGGAAUGGGCCCCGAGUCCCACGAGCUGAUGGCUGGCCCGGGCUCCCACGGAUCGAUGCCGGGGAUGGGAACUUUGGGGGGCGUGGUGGUGCACCAGCCGCGCGGCGCACCGCAGAGUCUGCUGACCGACGAGAGGCUGACCGACCUGGACGGCCCCCUGGCCGGAUCGGAUCGGCGUCGAUCGGAUCUCGGGCCCCCGGGCCCGCGAAUUGGUCAACGGCGACUAACCCACGCGGGUCGGGAGGGGACUGACGCCCGGGCGGCGACGGUGGACCUGUACUGCGACGAGUGUGCGCUGGAGGAGCCCCAACACGGGGCCCGGGUCGCCGGACCUGGGGGUCCGCCCCCGCCGCCCUUCGUCGUCGCCCCCUUCGCCAGCUUCGCCCCCGCCGCCAAGUCCCACCUUCGGAGCCUGCAGCCAAUGUACGGCGCGGGCCCCCGGGACAAGGUCGCCGGCCUGGUCAAUAGCGCGGUCAACAAAAAGUCAAACCCGCUCAACAAAGGUCAAACGGCGAGCGACUUUCGGGCGGCCGCGCUGGCCCGCGUGCCGGCGCUGAGCUCCCUGCCCGGUGCGGUGGGCCACGGUUCCCGAGGCCCGGAGGCGUCGGGGCCCGGGGGCCCGGGUCGGGCGGGGCCCCAGGGCCCGGAAACGGCGUCCGUGGAUCCCGACUUAAAAUCACAAACUGCGUCCCGUGCGAGGGGACAGUCCUGGGAGAGGCGGGCUGGUAGGGAAGCCGCAUCGAAGGUGGAGGCGGACUGGGGCGAUGAGGAGGACGGCGAGUUUUCGGCUGAAGGCUUGUCCCGCCUGGGGAUACUGUACUUGGCGGCGUGUUGCUUUGCAGACGCCGGGCCUGGCCCCGGGCCAGAGCAGUUCCGGGCGGCCAGGAAGGUGCCGGGCGGGGGGGAGAACGUGAAGCGGCGCAAGCUGUCCUGGCAGGACAUCUGA